CCGGCCCGCCCCGUUGAAAUCUCUGGUUAUCUGGUGUUGGACCGAUUGAGGUUUCUAGGGCUUUUCCUCUCUCAUAUCCGAUGAGGUGAUUUCCAAUUAUUCUUGAUCGUGAUCGUCUGUUUUUGAUUCAGAGGUCGGAAAGCCGGAGCGAAAUCGAGGAAAAAGGCUUCGAUUUGAUGUCUGAUUAGUGGUUUCUAGGGUUCGGAUCGGAACAGCGUUGUCUACUUCCCAUUUCCGGAGUUCCUUUGGCUGUUCUUGAUCCGUUUCGGGGAUACCAUCUGCUGCAAUGGCGAUGAAGAGACCCCCGCGAUUCCUCCCCUGUUCUCACGGAAUUCGCAGCACUGCCUAUUUUGAAGCCCUCGGUUUUAAUCCGGAAGAAGCAUCUGCGGUAGAUCGUACGGGCUCAGCUCCUUCCCCUACUCUCCGGCGGCACCUCACAUGGGAGAGGAAUCACGGAAUUGAUAGAAAAGGUACUAGCUUUCACUCAAAAGUAUGUUUCCAUACCCUCUCUAAGCCUAUUUGUCGAAAUUUUUCAUCGAAUGGGCCCUUCGAUCCCGUCGGAGAGGGGAGUGGGUCUGCCCAUAGGGGUGUCAGCUACAUUGAGGGAACAAAUAGGGAAGGUUUGAGAUCAAGUAUCGAUGAAAUUUGCCGCGUUCUUGAUAGCAGACCUUGGGGACCCGAAUUGGAGGCUGCUCUCUCUGCAGUUCACCAGAAACCUAGUUCGGAAUUCGUCUAUGGUGUGUUAAAAAGGCAGAAAGAUUUGAUUUUGUCGUUGAAUUAUUUCCGGUGGGUGGAAAAGAUGACUGGGGAACCGCACAGUCCUGAAGCAUAUAAUUCAAUUCUUAUGAUGAUGGCUGCUAGCAGAAAAUAUGAUUCUUUGGAGAAGAUCUUGGAGGAAAUGAGCCUCCUUGGACUUGGGUUGUCGAGCAAUGUUUGCAUUGAGCUGGUCACGAGUUUCAUCAAGUCCAGAAGGCUGAAGGAAGCUGCUGAUGUGAUACAAAUGAUGAGGAAGUUUAAGUUUCGCCCGGCAUUUUCUGCCUACACUACGCUGAUUGGUGCUCUGGCGGAUGCUCAUGAGCCUGUUUUGGCUUUGGCCAUGUUUCAUCAGAUGCAGGAGAUGGGAUACGAAGUAAAUGUUCAAUUGUUUACGACUAUGGUGCGUGUGUUUGCGAGAGAAGGAAAGAUCGAUGCAGCUCUUUCCUUGUUGGAUGAGAUGAAAAGCAAUUCAUUGAGUGCAGAUAUUGUGUUGUAUAAUGUCUGUAUUGACUGUUUUGGAAAGGUGGGUAAAGUGGAUAUGGCCUGGAAGUUCUUCCAUGAGUUGAAAGCACAAGGUUUGGAUCCAGAUGACGUGUCAUAUACUAGCAUGAUUUCAGUUCUAUGCAAAGCAGAUAGACUGAGUGAAGCUGUGGAACUCUUUGAGCAGAUGGAACACAACAGAAAAGUUCCUUGUGCUUAUGCUUAUAAUACAAUGAUAUUGGGGUAUGGCUCUGCGGGAAAGUUUGAUGAUGCUUACAAGCUACUGGAGAGGCUAAGAGAGAAGGGAUGCAUUCCCAGUGUUGUUGCAUAUAAUUCAAUCCUUACUUGCCUAGGAAGGAAAGGGAGAGUUGAUGAGGCAUUGAAUGUCUUCGAGGAGAUGAAGAAGGAUGCAGAGCCCAAUGUAUCAACCUAUAACAUUAUCAUAGACAUGCUUUGCAUGUCAGGAAAUCUUGAAGCUGCUUACAAGAUUCGGGAUGCCAUGGAAGAAGCAGGCUUAUUUCCCAACUUGCUGACUGUGAACAUAAUGGUUGACAGGUUGUGUAAGGCACAGAAGCUUGAUGAGGCCUGCAAAAUAUUUGAAGGCAUAAGGCAAAAAGGCUGCACUCCAAAUGCAGUAACAUAUUGUUCACUUAUUAAUGGAUUAGGAAGGAAUGGCAAGGUUGAAGAAGCUUACAAAAUGUUUGAGAGGAUGUUGGAUGCAGGUCAUAACCCUGAUGCUGUUGCUUAUACAUCUCUGAUUAGGAACUUCUUCAAGCAUGGCAGAAGAGAAGAUGGUCAUAAAGUAUUCAAAGAGAUGAACCGUCGAGGGUGUCGCCCUGAUCUAACGCUUCUCAACAUAUACAUGGAUUGCGUCUUUAAGGCGGGUGAAGUCGAAAAGGGUCGUGCUAUAUUUGAGGACAUCAGUAAGCACGGGUUCUCUCCUGAUGUAAGGAGCUAUUCCAUAUUGAUUCAUGGUCUCACAAAAGCUGGCCAUGCACGAGAGACCUACAAACUGUUUUAUGCCAUGAAGGAGCAAGGUUGUGUACUUGACACCCUUGCUUACAACACUGUAAUUGAUGGGUUUUGCAAGUCCGGCAAGGUGGACAAAGCUUACCAGCUUCUCGAGGAGAUGAAGAUUAAGGGUCAUGCUCCCACUGUGGUUACUUAUGGAGCUGUAAUUGAUGGCCUUGCAAAGAUUGACAGGCUUGAUGAGGCUUAUAUGCUUUUUGAAGAGGCAAAGUCAAAAGGGGUACAGUUAAAUGUUGUCGUGUAUAGUAGUCUUAUAGAUGGGUUUGGAAAAGUAGGGAGGAUAGAUGAGGCUUACCUAAUUAUGGAAGAGAUGAUGCAGAAGGGUUUGACUCCUAAUGUGUACACAUGGAAUUGCCUGAUUGAUGCUUUAGCGAAGGCAGAGGAGAUCAAUGAAGCUCUGGUCUGUUUUCAAUCAAUGAAAGACAUGAAAUGUGCUCCCAACACCUAUACUUACAGCAUUCUUAUCAAUGGACUUUGUCGAGUGCGGAAGUAUAAUAAAGCUUUCGUUUUCUGGCAAGAAAUGCAGAAACUGGGUCUUACCCCAAGUGUGGUCACAUAUACAACCAUGAUCUCAGGGCUUGCAAAGGUUGGAAACAUAAUGGAGGCUAAUAAACUUUUUGAAAAGUUUAAGGCUAACGGCGGUAUCCCCGACUCAGUUAGUUUUAAUGCCCUUAUAGAAGGCAUGAGUAAUGCCAAUAGAGCAAUGGAUGCAUAUAGGAUUUUUGAAGAAACACGGUUGAGGGGUUGCAAAAUUAAUGCCAAGACCUGUAUUGUUCUUCUAGAUGCAUUGCAUAAGGCUGAAUGUCUUGAACAGGCUGCGAUUGUUGGUGCUGUCUUGAGGGAGAUGGCAAAGUCCCAACAUGCUGCUAGAUCUUUGUAGACUGUAGACUGUGGAGCUACAAAACUUGUGGUUCUUUUGUUUUUGACGAUAACAGGCUGGGAGACAUGCUGCAUCUUGCCUUCUUUAACCUGUCAUGACAUUAUAAAUUAUGGUUGUAUACAUGCAGUUGCUCCAUACAGAAACUUCUUUUUCCUGUCUUUUGGGAGGGAAAAUUAUAUUCCCAACAUGUAGACCACAAUUUGGAAAUAUGUUAUGUGCAAUAUGCAUAUGCCAUCAGUCAAUUUUGAAGUUAACAUGUCAAGCUUUUGCU